AUGGCCCUUGGUGCUCUCCGGAUGUCCUCUGAAAACGGGGAUCUGCAGAGCACGGCCAGCGGCCAGGAUGAGAAGGUCCUGUGGCCGCGCACCCUGGGAGAGGGAGACGCGGAGCGAGUGGACACAAGCCGGGGAAAGGAUGGGGCGAAAGUGGAAAGCAAAUGGAAGGAAAAUAAAAGGAGAAAAUUGGAAGAGAAAAGGCAGAAAGGGCUUGAGAAACGAGGAGCCGGGGGAGGGAGGCGGCCGCGGGGAGAGAAGGCGCGCGGGUGGCCGCAGCAGCAGGGCGGGGCCGCGGGCGGGCAACGGAGACACGGACGCCACGCGCUGCCGGGCAGACGCGCGGAUGGGGGCCAGAGGGCUGUCCCCUGCGGGGACGCUGGCCGAUACCGACAGUGGGGUAGAGUUGGUGGGGAGCAAGCGGCUGCCGGGCCGCCGUGGGGAGGAGCUGCGCGCGGGUGGCGGGGCCGCGUGCGCAUCCUGCGGCUGUCGGCCACUGUCUGGGGACGGAGGGGUCGGCGGGACGGCUUGAAUUCAGGGCCUGUCCGCAGCGUAAGGAGGCUGUCCCGAGAGCUCAGGGUGGAGGAGGAAGGCGGGGACAAGGGACCGCGUGGGGGCUGUAUUUCCCUGACUGGGCCCGCCGUGGGGCCGGGAAGACGCCCCGCGGAGGAAGAAAGCCUCCCAGCGCCAGGCCGCCCUGUGCUCGGCCCGAGCGGCUCCUGGAGAGCAGAGUGCGUCCCGACGUCCCCCAGGCCUUCAGCCCAGCAGAGAGGGUCCGCCGCCGAGCCGGUGAGGGCGGGAGCGCAGCGGAGGGUGCACGUGGUCCUGAGUUUCCCCGAAGGUGAUCUUAGGCCGCAGGUGCAGCGCGUGAUGUUUCCGGACGUGCCUGGGGGUGCAGCCCCCCUUCUCACCCUUGCUCCCCAGGGGGGCCCCUUUGGCGGUUUCUUCCUCCGUUCCGCUUUGCAGCAGAGGAGGUUGCAAGAGGAGGCUGCUGCGUUUUAUGGGAAAGUGUUGCAGCAUGAAUAUACAACAAAAGAAGUCUUCCCAGACAACUUCUUCAGUGACUGGCGGAAGGAAAUGACAGCAGAAGAGAGGCAGGUCGUCAAGCACCUGGACAGGUGUGACUUCACGGAGACCCACAGACACUCUGUGGACAAGACUGCUUCCCAGAAGGCUCUGUCCAGGGGGGAGAAGCAGAAGCUCAAAGAAGAGAAGGAAAAACUUCAGCAAGAGUUUGGCUACUGUAUCUUAGAUGGGCACCGCGAGAAGAUUGGCAGUUUCAAGACUGACCCCUGGUCAGUCCGAGGCUGGGGCGACCACCCCAAGAUGGAGAGGCUGAAGAGGAGGGUCCUGCCGGAGGACGUGGUCAUCAACUGCAGCAGGGACUCUGCAGUACCCGAGCCCCUAGCCGGCCCCCAGUGGAAGGAGGCCGGGUGUGUCCGCACAGUCAUGAGGUUGGCGGCAUGGACGGAGAACGUGCAGAACCUCAUCAAGUACGUCACGCUGAACCCUGGCUCCAAGCUGAAGGGGGAGAGAGACUGGGGGAAGUACAAGGUGGCUCAGCACUUGAAAGGGGUUGUGGGCGAGAUCCGUUCCCAGUACCGGACCGCCUGGACGUCUCUAGAGAUGAGGACAAGACAGUGCGCUGUGCCCCUUAACUUCAUCGACAAGGUGCGGGUGGUCCCGAGCCUCCCCUGGACUUCUCAUGCUGGGAACGGGGAGGAGGGCAGCGGACAUGGUGGCUGCUGCUCCCUCCGCGUGGAGCAUUUCCAGCUGCACCCAGAGGCCAGCGGCUCUCCUGACCUCGUAAACGGGUCUGGAGGCUGGAAUCGGGCUGUGAGCGGCGAAUGCCGCUUCCUGGCGGCCAUGCCUUUGUGCACUGCCAGCCCGAACAGGCACCUGCAGGACCCGAGGGAUGGCCUGACGGCCAGGGUGUUCCGGACCUACAACGCCAGUGUCAUGCUGUAGGGGCAGCUGCAAGCACUGCCCCGAGCUGAAGACAGCAUAGCUGCCAAACUUCUGUCUUACAACCGAGCAAACCGGUGUGCCUUUCUCUGCAGCCAUCAGUGCACAACGCCCAAGACCUUUGACAAGUCAGUGCAGAUGCUUCAGUCCCAGAUAGAGGCGAAGGAGCAGCAGGUGGCCGAGGCCAAGACAGAACUGCAGGAGGCAUGGGCUGACCACACAUCCCGAGGGGACAGCAGGUCCCCCCUCUUCCUGGAGAAGAGGGGGCAGCUGCUGGAGAAGCUGGAGGAGCAGCUGCUGAGAGUGAGCAUGCAGGCCACAGACGAGGAGGAGAGUAAGCAGGUGGCCCUGGGCACCUCCAACCUCAACUACCUAGACCCCCGGGUCGGUGUCACCUGGUGCUGUAAGAAGUUUGAGGUGCCUGUGGAGAAGGUCUACAAGACCCAGAGGGAGAAAUUCACCUGGGCGCUUGACAUGGCGGGCGAAGACUUUGAGUUCUAAAGGAGUACCUCCCCUGCCUUGCUGGGACUGACUUUGUAGUUUUUUUCCACCAUUAAAGCCUAUUGGGGAGUUUUGUACAA